GAACAGACGCAUGCGCACUCUCCUCUGAAGGCUGGUCUGAAGUCACGUGAUUUAGUAGAAAAGCUGCAGCAGAACAGACGCAUGCGCACUCUCCUCUGAAGACUGGUCGGUCCUGUUCGUUCAUGUUUUAUUUCUGCUUCUCUCUUGUUAGAGACGUCAUGUGACAGAAACCUGGAACAUGUUUCCUCCUUCAUACAGUUGUAGUUUUAUCAUUAAUGUAGAAAUGAGAAAUAUAACUUUAAAUAUAACGUUGUCUUCAUUUAUUUGGAAGCUCUCUACGUGGUGGUGAACUUUAACAGGUAGACAAUGAUUGACAGGUUGUAGAUCAUUAUCAGUCACACACUGAGACUCUCUUUACUUUCGUUUUGUAGUGACAUAUUUCUUUAUGGUUUGACUACCGCCCAUAACCUCCAUGGUUUUAUCGCUCCACCUCUUCGCUCCACAUCUUCCAGGUUGAUUGAGAUCGAGCGGCUGAAAGAGACGAGUCGUCGUCAGAGACUUUGAGCUUCAUUUCAAACUAAUAUUUAAUGUGAUCUAAUAUUAAAUGUGAUCUAGUCAGGUUGAUAGAUUCAAGUCAGGAAUCAGUGAGGGAUCAACAGAAGACAACAUGUCUACUGGGACAUCUGCGUCACUCUGGUUGACUUUACUGAGCGUCGUCCUGUCUGUGUCUGGACAGAUAAACAUCACAGCUGAACCUGGACAGACUGUCUCUCUACCAUGUAAAGCUCUGAACAAUGAACCUGUCACAGUGGUAGAGUGGAGAAGAACUGACAUGAAGGAAGAUGAAUAUGUUCUUUUAUAUCGAGAUGAUCAGUUAGAUCCAGAGAACCAGAAUCCAUCUUAUAAGAACCGAGUGGAUCUACAGGACAGACAGAUGAAGGAUGGAGACGUGUCUCUGAUUCUGAAGGAUGUGACGACUGAUGACAGUGGAACAUACACGUGUCAUGUUCAUAGUAAAACAAACCGCUGGAAGAGAGAUGCUGAUCCCAUCACCACCAUCAAACUGGAUGUAGCUCCAGGACAGACAAACAUCACAGCUGAACAUGGACAGACUGUCUCUCUACCAUGUAAAGCUCUGAACAAUGGAUCCGUCUCAGUGGUGGAGUGGAGCAGAACUGAUCCAAAGCCAGAAGAAGAGCUCCUUUUAUAUCGUGAUGAGAAGCUUGUUACUUAUAAGAACCGAGUGGAUCUACAGGACAGACAGAUGAAGGAUGGAGACGUGUCUCUGAUUCUGAAGGAUGUGACGACUGAUGACAGUGGAACAUACGAGUGUUACAUCAACCAAAGAGAAAAAAACAUCAUCAAGAAAUUCCUUGAUCCCAUCAGCAUCAUCAGACUGGAUGUAGUUUCAUCAGGUCACACAUCUGGACACAAGGAGGACGGAGGAGACAAGGAGGGAGGAGACAAGGAGGGACUAAGUCAAGGACAUCUUGGUCUGAUAGUUGGUGUUGUUGUUGUUGUUGUGAGUCUUGUCGUGGCUGUUUCUCUGAUCACCGUAAGAAACAGGAAGAAGAAAUCUUCACCUCCCUCCUCACCCUCCCUUGUUCCUCCUGUUGAGUCAUCUGAUCAUCUCCUGGCCUGAAGCAGCCUGGCAGCAAACAAACCAGAGUUUCCUUUAGCUUCAUCUACUGUAAUUAUCAGACUUAAAACACGUCCCAUCACUGCUCCAACAUUCAGGUGGAAAAAUGUCCACUGAAAAAAACUGAAAGCAGUAAGGAAACAGAAAAUCAAUCUGCACUAGCUUAUGAUUCCCUCCUUGACUACUGCUGGACACACACACACGCACACACGCACACACACGCACACACACGCACACACGCGCACACACACACACACACACACACACACACACACACAGUUUCACUUUAUUCUGGUUCUACAUGUAGAUGAGGAAAUGAGACCCAAUAGAGAGAGAUGGAGGAGACAAGGAUGGACAUGUUGGUCUGAUAGUUUGUGUUGCUGUUGUUGUUUUUCUGAUCUUCAGAAGACGUAGACAUGAUUUGAAUCCUGGUCCAUACCAUCCUCCUCCUGAUCCUGAUCCUCAGCAGCUUUAAAUGUCUGGGAUCAGUUUCCAGCUGGACUCUGAGUGUCCUGCUGCUGGUUCUAGUUCUUCAGAGGACCUGAGGACAGACAGGAGGUAACAAUGCUGGACAUCCAGCAGACAUGAGCAACCACUGUAGCAGCUGACCUCCAACACCAUCAUCCUCCACUCAGCAAACAGCAGAACUGGAUCCACACAGGAAACACUCAGUCAGAGAAACAAUCUGCUCAAAGAAUCUUUCAUUCAUUUUAAUAUUAAUCCAGAAUCCUUGAACCAUCUUGGUUUGAACAAACAUCAGUGACACAAAGAGUCCUGAUAAGUGGUGAAUGUUUUACUCUCUUGAAUUCAAGUUUUUAUUCUUUGUUUUUUGUAGUUUUUGUAAAAAUCUAAUAUGAUAUAUGUAAAGUUCAGACAGACUGUAAUUAAAGGAGCAGUCUAAUGUUGUUCUUCAUGAAGCUGUGUAUUUAAAGCUGAUAUUGACAGAGUCAGAUAUCAGUGAUGAUCAGCUUCAGUUCAACUCUUCCUAAAUGUCUUAGUUGUGUCUUUAUUGAUAAUAAUGUGUAGUUUUGUGAGCUGAAUGUAGAAUCUGUUGAACCAGUUGAAUCAGCUCUAAUCUGAUCUGGAAUCAGUCCAACAAAGCUUCUCCUACAUUCAGACUCAUGAAACAUGUUCACUGUCUCUCUCUGACUGAGAUUCAUUGACCUUGUCCAGCUGUAACAUCAUCUGUGAUCACCACGUCCUGGUUACCAUCACUUCCACUAAUUGAUUGUGUUAUAGGUUAACUUGUGUGCCUCAUGAUUUGAUUCAGUUGUUUGUAUGUUGCUUCUGCCAGUUUCUAUCUACAUGAUACAUUGUAUAUUUCAUUUUUUUGUGCUUUUAUUGUUACUUGUAUUGUCUUCAUAUUUUCUCAGGGAGUAAAUGUCUAAAAUUUCUUAGAGUGUUGUUUGUUGUGACCUAUAUGAUGACGAUAUGUUCUACUUUCCCACAGGGAUAAAUAAAGUCUUUCAGAUAAAUAAA